CAGACAGCUCUCAGCAGAUCACGCACAGCCACGCACGAGAGAGAGAGAAAAAUAAUAAUUAAAAAAAAAAACACGCGGGAUGCAGUCAGUCUGAAGGACAGCGCAGCUCAUCACAACAGAGAAUCAGCAUCAUGACCAGGUCUGUACGGGAGGAGCAGGAGUCAGAGGAGCAGCAGGAGCUUCACAGCCCCGCAGGGCGAGAGACCGAGAGGGAAGGAGGAGAAGGAGACGGAGGGGAGGAGGACGAAGACCACCUGCACCAUCUGGAGGACGAAGAGGACGAGGAGGAGGAGGAGGAGGAGGAAGAGGAGGAGGAAGAAGACGGAGAGAACAAACCCAAGAGGCGAGGACCGAAGAAGAAGAAGAUGACGAAAGCUCGCAUGCAGAGGUUUAAGAUCCGCCGGAUGAAAGCUAACGCCCGAGAGAGGAACCGCAUGCACGGGCUCAACGACGCCCUGGAGAGCCUGAGAAAAGUCGUCCCCUGUUACUCCAAAACCCAGAAGCUGUCCAAGAUCGAGACGCUCCGCCUCGCCAAGAACUACAUCUGGGCCCUGAGCGAGAUCCUGCGCUCCGGCAAAGCCCCCGACCUCAUGAGCUUCGUCCAGGCGCUCUGCAAAGGUCUGUCUCAGCCGACCACUAAUCUGGUGGCGGGCUGCCUGCAGCUCAACCCUCGGACCUUCUUGCCGGAGCAGACGCCCGACAUGUCGACCCACAUCCCUCCAGCCAGCGCCGCCGCCUACCCCGGACACUUCUCCUACCAGAGCCCCGGGCUGACAGCCGGCCUGCCCAGCCCCCCCUACGGCACCAUGGACCCGUCCCACAUCUUCCACCAGGUCAAAGGUCAGCCCUACGGCCCUCUGGAGCCCUUCUUCGACGGCGUCCUGGUGUCGGACGGCCCGGCGUUCGACCCGCCCCUCAGUCCGCCCCUCAGCAUCAACGGCAACUUCUCCUCGUCCUUCAAGCACGAGGCCGUCACGGCCGCCGAGUACGACAAGAGCUUCUCCUUCAGCGUGCACUACGGCGGAGGCGGAGGCGGGGGAGCUGGGGGCCACCCCGCCAUGUAUGGCAACGGGGGGUCCAACCCGCGGUGCGGGGAGCUGCAGGUGGACGGGCUGAUGGGCUUUGACGGACACUCGCACCACGAGCGACUAAUGAACGCCCAGCUGAACGCCAUCUUCCACGACUCUUGAGGAAGAGGAGGCUGAAGGACUGAGGGACUGAUGAAGACAGAGAGAGACAGACAGUCAUGUGUGCGUCUAUCGUUUCCAUAGCUGUCUUUCCGUCUUUUCUUCUGUCUGUCUGCGUCAGGCUCCGCGACUCAACCUGACGACGGUUUAACCUUCUUAUAGCGCUUCGUCCUGCAGAAGACGCCCUCUCUGAAUGUCUCGUUAAUAUCCAUGUCAUCGUUUUAAAAAAAAAUAAUCAAUAAUCAAUGAGCAAUAAUCUGGAGGAAACUAUGCAAUUUUGUUAAAACCUGAGCGCGGCUCAGCUGAUGAUUCCAAAUGUUGAAAGAAUAAAGAUUUCUCUAUUUUUGGGUGGGUGUGUGAGGCGACGUCGGGGCCGGCGUUGGGCCAAAGUGUUCCUGUCGUUCAUGUGGUUUUUACUUUUUGCUUUUUAUAACGUUCCUGUAGCGUUCCGUUAAACAUUUCAUGUGACUCUUGUUCAUAUUUUAUAUGAUAGAUGUUUAUAAAGGCCUUUUAUUAAAAAGGAAUUUGAUGUGA